UAUGUGCACGGUGCGCACUCUUCCGGUUUGUCAGAAAGAUUAGCAGAAUGACUCGUUCGUCAGUGCUGCACUUCAAAUAUCUCGUCAAUAAGGUGAUUAACGUUUAAAAAAAGGAAUACUUUCAACCAUUUAUGUUUUAGCAGUUAAUUGGGACAAUAGGUCUAAAUUAAGACUCCUACAGUAGUGUUGCAAAUAGGCUAUAUAAGCUAAGCUACAUGAUAACGUUACCCAGACCAGAGCAGUCUCCCUGUGCUGAGCUGAAUAACUUACAGCAGAGGAAAAGCUGGCUUUCCUCAGGCUGAAACAAACCGGCUUUACCAAAGAUGUCGUGGUUCAAUUAUGUCAGUCCAGGCCUAAAUCAGCAGCAGCAGCAGCAGCAGCCCGCAGACAGCCACAGACUCACGGCCGCUGACAUGCUGUCUAGCGCUCACAACUCCAGGCACAGAGGUCCGACAGAGGGAUCACCGACCAUGGCAACACAACACUGGACCGGCUACUCCACUCCCAGCCCGGGGGACUUUCCAUCAGUUUCACAUGGUGUAGUCAGCCCUCCCAGCCUUGGGAACCUGUCCUUAGCUUCACCGAGUGCAGCUAAGAUGAGAGAGCUGGAGCCCAUAUCCUACGUAAGCCUCCAGGAGCAGCGGUGUGUCCUGAGCUGGUUCCAGGGCUGGAACGCCACUCAGAGGGAGUGCUUCUUGCAGGACCUUCUGGGGAAAGCUGUACCCGGAAAAGUGUGCACCCUCUUAGAUUCACUCAGUACUCUUCAGGUUAAAGACAGACUACCAAACAUCUUUGAAUGCCAGCUGCGCCUGUGGACCCAGUGGUUUGAGUCUUGGAGAGAAGAGGAGAGGAAUCAUUUCCUGCACAUACUGGAGGAGCAGGACCCAGUUUUCGUUGCUCACUUUUACAGGAGUGUAGCCGGUACAGCAGGAAGAGACUGAGCAAUGUUGGUUUUGUGAUUUAAAAAGCAAGUGAUUACAACAAAGUGUUAAAGAGGUGAAAAGCUGUGGGAAAUGUUUAUUAGAUCUGAGAUAGUUCUCUUCAGAGAAAUGUUUGUUACUGUUAUGGUAUUUAAUGUUGAAGGUAAACCAUUUCAUUGUAAGAACACAAGUGUUCCUUUAAUACGAGCUGUUUUUAUUAUGUUUCCUACACCGGUUUCUCCAGGGCUAUAUCACACAUUAUACCACUUUUUUUUUAUUUAUUAAAAAAAUUUCAGAACAUUUUGUGUAAUGCUUUAAUCAUAGCUCUGCUGUCCAGUUAUCCAAUGGUGUGCUCAUGAAAUAAACAGAUUAAAUAACUUGCUUGAUUAAAUUAAACUUAGGGUACAUUUUUCAGAACCGGGCCUAGUGAUUGAAACACCUGGGCAAGAGGACAAAUUCUUUUUAAAACCUAAGACAAAUAAACAAAAUACAUCACUGUA